GGGAUUAAUAUUUCAAGAAUAUAACAGCUACCUACGUAGAGAGAAAAGGAAAGUAUAUAUUCGCUGUAAUUUCCCUUCAUUGUAUAACUCGAAUUAAUAUAGUAUCAUUACUAUCGUCGACUUCUAUAUAGACGAGCAUUCAUUUCCUCAACCACUCUUUACAGUUUUCUGCUACGCUCAUUUCAAUCCACGAUGAAGUUCACUUACUUGCUUUCUGCCUUCUUGGCUACGUUAGCCGCUGCCAGCCCCAUUGCCACCAUAUCCGACCCGGCUGAGAACACAGAGCUCGUCACUCGCACUGAUAAUGCAGUAGAGAGCGCAGAGCUGGUUGCUCGUUCUCCGACUGUGAUAGAGUCGAAGGAAUACGAGGCCAUCAAAGCUAAACACUCGAAUCUAAAGAAAGACCACUACUAUUACUUUUACUUAACAUGGCCGCGUGGAUCAUUGAUCGACGGGGACCAUGAGACGAAGGCUGAGGUAGAAGAGCUGAGAGACGCUCUGGGCUUCGACCAUAUCGGAAUUAUAGUGGGCAAAGUAACCGAGAAAGAAGGCGGCACGAAAAAGAAGCCUACCCUCAAGAAGAAUUUCGAAGCCAGAUUAUACCACAUGGCCAAGGACCCUUCUGGCAAAUCUGUACUCAAAAUGAAUACCUGGGAUAAGAAGGACAGCGACCAUAAGCCUAUCCGCUUCGGUGGUGAGACAAACAAGAGAAAGCACGAUGCAGUCCAAAGAAAUGCGCAGGAAUGGAUCCAUGAUCACCCGACUUACAACGUCAGAACUAACAACUGCAACUCAUUCGUUCACAAUAUCGCUGCGUCGCUUUAAUGAAUGAAUCGAUAUGUACCUAGAUACUCAUAGAUUAGAAGUGGAUGGCAUACAUCGGAGGUAUUGGCCUGGUGCUGACCUGGAAAAACAUACCUACUUCUCAUUCUUGCAUGUAAAUUUUACAUUGGGCCUUGGCCGGGAUAUUGGGACAGGGACAGGAACAGGAACAGGAACAGGGGGUAAAUAGAGGACUUGCUAGUACAUAACACACUCGCUUCGUAUUUGGUUUUCGGACUUCGAAAUUUGACAUCUUACACUC